AAUUGCAAACGACGCAAAAUUACUGUAGAGAACUGUAGUACUAUUGCAGAAUGUUGUGAUAUUUCAUCUUUGAGUGUUCACCUGUCUUUAGAUGUUCAUUUGGGAAUAAGACAUGCCUUUUUUCACAAUAUUAACACUAUUUUCUAUUUUAGUUUCAAGAGGAAUUUAUGUGCCCAGCAAGCCAGCAUUCCGAAUUACGCCCCUGUUGUCAAUUUGCUUCACGACAAUAUUUGAGUAUAUCAAGAUAUUUAGCGCUAAUCUGGAUUAAUUUUCACUGUGUCAACUAUAUUUCAAGUUGAAUGAUGUUUUUACUCUGCUAUUGAAUGGGAAGGGAUUUUCAAAUUAAAGAUCAAUUAUGGAUCCGAUAAAAAGCAAAGCUAAUUAUUUCCGGGUUUGUCAACUGUUGUUAGAUAAAGGAGGAGAUGCUUUGAGAGCUGCUUUGAAAAAUUCUCUACAAUCGAUGCGUCCACCUUCCUCCUUGGCCUCCGCUUUGAAUGCUAACAGAGCCACACUACAAGGAAUACGAUACAAUAUAAUUAAAGCCCCGCAAUGGGAUCUACUCUUCCCAAUAUCUGGUGCACCAGAUUCAAACAACUUCGAUAUCACCUUACUAACUGUCCUACUUCGAAAUAUUUGUGGAUUGUCUCCACCAGCCACUGGGUGGAAUGUUAUGCCUCCAGUUAGUGAUACAUCUAUAUCAGCAAACAUUUUGAGAGUCAAAAUGUUCAGGAAUGAAGUGUAUGCUCAUAUUCCAACUGCAAGUUUGGACGACACAACUUUUGAAAAAUUGUGGGGAGACAUUUCGGUACUGUUGGUCAACUUGGGAAUUCCUCAAGAGGAUAUUGAUGAUUUGAAAGUAGCUCCUCUCAGCCCUGGAGAAGAAAGUUAUACCGAAAGAUUAAAAGAAUGGAAACAACAAGAGGAUGACUGGAAAUCAGAAUUAAGUGAUGUUAAAAGUGAAGUAGUCAAGCUAAGAAAAACUGUAGAUGAGAAAGUUCAUCACUCAACUGUUGAAUGGAAACUACAAAACGAUUAUUUGAAAUCAGAAUUAACUGAUGUUAGAAGUGAGGUAGUCAAGCUAAGAAAAACCGCAGAUGAGAAUGUUCAUCACUCAACUGUCGAGAAACUCGCUAAAUUCGACUUUACUGGAAAGAUUGACGGCCUUUGUAAAAAAUUCCAUGAAAAAACUAGAAAAUGGUUGUUUGAUAAACUCUCAAGUUGGUUUGUGAGUAAAGAAACCAGGGUUAUGAUCCUAACUGCAGGUCCAGGCGCUGGAAAAAGUGUUUUGUCUGGAAAGAUCUCUGAGCUGUAUAGAGAACGUGGCCAACUCGCAGCUCACCAUUUCUGCGACUUUCGAAAUUCUGAUUACAGCAAUCCUCACAGAAUCCUUCAGUCCCUUGCCAGCCAAAUGUGUGAUAAUGUUGAUGGAUUCCGUGAUAAACUAACCGAAAUCCUUCGUCGUGAAAAUUCUCGGGACUCGUUGCCAGACGCAUUUCGUGUUCUUUUAAACGAUCCACUACAUGGUCUUCACAGACACGAUCCAAUGUUGAUCAUUGUUGAUGCCUUGGACGAGAGCAGAACUGAAAUGAAGAGCGAAUUCUUGGAGUUGAUAUCCGAGAAUUUUUCUGAACUGCCUAAGUGGAUUAAGAUCUUCAUUUCGAGCAGACCGGAGCUACAAGUACGGAAGGUUCUUCAACAUUUACAGCCGUUAGAAAUCCGUCCUGAUGAUGAAGAUCACAAUCAAGAUAUUGAGCUUUUUAUUCGUCGUGAUUUACCUAAACUUGAUGAUGAUGGCAUAAGGUCAGUUAUUUCGAAGUGUGAGGGAUCGUUUUUGUACGCUUAUCACUUAGUUCAUGAAUUAAGAGAAAAGGGCUUGGGAAUUGAACCCGACUUGAGUGAUUUCAUCCCCAAUGGUAUUGCCGGAUAUUACGAAAAACAGUUCAAACGUUUGAAAAUAGGCCUCCAACGUUUAAAGCAAGAUACCUUUUCAUCUAUCUUAAAAAGUUUUAUCAAUGUUAUUGCCGCCGCAUUCUUGCCUCUCCCACUGAAAAUUCUUUUUACAUGCAUGGAUCUGCCCUGGAAAGAAUUUGAAAUACGCACGGCGAUUAUUGACAUUAUGUCAGAAAUUCUUCCAGUUUAUGAUGGUUGCCUGACUCUUUAUCAUAAGUCAUUAUGGGAUUGGAUGACGUUGAAUGGGUAUGAGGAACAUGCGUUUGUUGCAGAUGUUAAAGACGGAAAUAGACGUCUUUGGCGUGCUUGUGAGAAGGAAUUCUGUGAGAUAAAAUCUUUAAAGUCCGUUUUAGAAUUUCAAAUUUCACCCGAGAAUAAGUACGCUUUAACAAAUGGUGGAAGAUAUUUGAUAAAAACAGGUAAGGUGGAGGAAUUUCACUGGCUGGUGCAUGUUGGCGUAAACUAUUUAACACUAAAAUUUUGUGAUCUCGCCACCGAUAUUGAUUUGAAACAAAUCCUUGACACGUAUGGUAGUGUUCUUUCCAAAGAUAUUUAUUACGGCAUCAUUCAACUGCAUUCUUUCUUAGUGCAGAUGGGAGAGGUUUAUUCAUUGAAAGAAGGCCCUCCAGCAUAUUGUGACGAUUAUUUGAAAGCUCUUGCAAACGGAUACUUUGAUUUUUCACAAAAUAAUGUCUGUCCUAAGAACGUUGCCAGAAAUGUCUUGGAUACAAUAAAUGAGAUUUGGAUAGAACCUGUGACAAACGAAGAGAAUCAUGAUUUAAAUCAUGUCUCCUGUGCCUUGUCAGUUGAUUCAAUUACCAAUUCUCUUUCACCGGACAAUACGAUGUUUGCCCUUUUUAAUAUUGAAACAUGGACAGUGCAAGUGCUUAAAAUACCAAGCCUUACGACUCUUUUCAAAAUACAAGUAGAUGAGAUACACGGUUGUAGUUACUACUUCAUUGCCUUUUCUCCUGAUUCCUCCUAUUUUUUAUGCAAUUCCAUUCGGUCAUGCGUCCUUGUUAAAGAACAAAAGGAAGUACCCUUCAUUGCACACGGCCGCGACGACAUUUGGAGUUGUUCUUUUUCUUCGUGUGGAACGAAACUUGCUACAUUAGGACGGGCAUUCAUCCAAGUGUGGGAUGUAAUAAGGAAAACCCUAUUAGCAGAAGUUGACAAUGUGUAUUGUAAACCUAGGUCUCGUUGUUUGUUUAGUUUGUGUGGCUCCUACAUUCUCCUUUUGGGUUUGUUGCUCGACUCGGACUCAUCAAUAUCUACGAAUGUCUUGCGCUCUGACAAUUUGGAAAAAGUGUAUAUUCAAAAGGAUUCUGUUGCGCCGUGUUUCUCAAGUAAAGAUUCCAUUCAGAUGUAUUCACCGCAUAUAUUGGGUCUUGGCAAACAAUCCCGUAGAAGUAGCUUUCGUCAUGUUUGCUUGCCAUCUGGUGAGAUAGUCCUGCUUUCUAAUAAAAAAUGUUCAAAAACCUUUUUAUGGAAGGGAAAAAAGUGUGUAGCAUUUUGCGAUUGCUCUUUCGCAAGUGCUGUAGCUCUGAUAAUAUACGAUUUUGUAAACCAAAAGGUCGUUGACGUCUUUCAGAUUGAAUGUUUGUCUGCUAUGUAUAAAUUCGAUCACCUUUCAAAAUUAGACAGGAUGAAAUUCCUUUUACAUAAUUCAAAGCCAAGCCUAACAUUUAUUAUAUCUCUGGAAUCUCCUGAUGCUUCUUUUCUCGACAACGCUCCUAUAGAUUGCUGUGCAUUAUCUCCAGACACCUCGUAUGUAGCGUGCUGUUUUGAAAAUUGCAUUCUUUCAAUAAGAAGUAUCGACAGUGGGGAAACAUUGCAAACUGUUGCACUGAAACAACGAGCAGUGGCGUGUUGGUGGUCUGAGUCGUAUCUUUGGUUGGUCUGUGAAGGCGUGGUUGUUAAAUAUCCUUAUGAACCUUUUCAUUCAAAUAUCUUAGAAAAUCAAACUGAAGAAUCUAUUUUAAAUUUUAGUCGUGUUGUUAAGUUUGCAAAAGAUGUUCUUGUAAUUAGCACUAAUGGGAGAAUUUCUAUUUACAAAAUUUGUGGAGAAAAUCUUUGUCAUCAAGAAAUACCUUCUUGGGUUCUUGAAGAAGCCCCUGGUAAAGAGCUCACUUCUGUCGCAAUAAGUUGUGAUGGGUGUGCUGUUAUGUUACAUUGCCGUUCCAGAAAAAAUUAUGAAUUGUGGGAAAUAGAAUGUGGUAACAGAUGGUUUGUACGUUCAACGGGAGAGUUUGUAAAAUCAAUUGAUUGGUUCUGUUUGACUGGUACUAAUAUGAGCCGUAGUUCAGUAUUAGUCUCAUCCGACAAUUUUUAUAGUAACCAGGGUAUAUAUGUUUUAUUUUCUAUUACGUUUCGAAGAGAUGGUAUAAAAACUGUGCAUAAUCAUCCUAUUAGAUCUUUCCGGAAGGCUUUUUACAUGGAUUCCGAAAUUGUAGGUUUUUUCAGUAGUGGUCUGAUGCAUUUUGUUGAUGUGUCCGAUGCCAGAAUCAUAUCCUCUCGUAAUGAUCCUGGAAAAUCCGACUUUCUGUCUUAG